UUCUCCCUCUCUUUGCCUCUUGACCGUCACCAUCCCUUCCUCGUCGCCCACUCACAUCAACAGCCAUGUCUAGCGAACGCGCAGCUUUCCAGGCCGAGGUCGCCCAGGUCGAGCAGUGGUGGAAGGACCCUCGCUUCUCACAAACCAAGCGGCCGUACACCGCGGCACAGGUCGUGUCGAAGCGCGGCACGCUGCCCAUCUCCUACCCUUCGGACGUGCAGGCAAAGAAGCUCUUCCGCAUCCUCUCGGAGCGUUACGCCAAUGGCACACCCUCACACACCUACGGCGCGCUUGACCCCGUGCAGGUGACCCAGAUGGCGAAGUACCUCGAGACCGUGUACGUGUCUGGGUGGCAAUCAUCGAGUACCGCGUCAAGCACAAACGAGCCCGGUCCUGACCUUGCUGACUACCCUUCAAACACCGUACCCAACAAGGUCGAGCACCUCUUCAUGGCCCAGCUCUUCCACGACCGCAAGCAGCGGGAGAUCCGGUCACGCCUGUCGGACAAGGAGCUCGCGGAGGAACCCGCCAUUGACUACCUCCGGCCAAUCGUCGCGGAUGCGGACACCGGCCACGGCGGCCUCACCGCGACCAUGAAGCUCGCCAAGAUGUUCGUCGAGAAGGGCGCCGCGGGCAUCCAUAUCGAGGACCAGGCGCCGGGCACGAAGAAGUGCGGGCACAUGGCGGGCAAGGUGCUUGUCCCGAUCCAGGAGCACAUUAACCGGCUCGUCGCGAUCCGCCUCCAGUUUGACAUCAUGGGCGUGAACAACCUCGUCAUCGCGCGCACGGAUUCAGAGGCCGCGACGCUCAUCACGACGAACGUCGACGAGCGUGACCACCCGUUCAUCCUUGGGUCGACGAACCCGAACUUGCGCCCGCUUAACGCCGAGCUCAACGAGGCAGAGAAGGCGGGCAAGACCGGCGAUGCGCUCGAGGCCGUCGAGGAGAAGUGGAUGGCGGCUGCGAAUAUCCAGCUCUUCUCCACCACGCUCGCAAACGCACUCCGCGCACAAGGCGCCUCCGAGCAAAUCCUGGCGCGCUUCGCCCAGCGCAUCGCGCACACGUCGUACUCGGACGCGGUCACGAUCGCGCAGAAGGAGUUCGGGCUGCGGCAGGCGCCGUUCUGGGACUGGGACGCGCCGCGCACGCGCGAGGGCUUCUACCGGUACCAGGGCGGGACGCAGUGCGCGAUCAACCGCGCGAUCGCGUUCGCGCCGUACUCGGACCUGCUGUGGAUGGAGACGAAGAAGCCGAUCCUGGCGCAGGCGCGCGAGUUCGCGGAGGGCGUGCACGCGGUGUUCCCCGAGCAGUGGCUCGCGUACAACCUGAGUCCGUCGUUCAACUGGGAGGCUGCGGGCCUGAAUGCGGACGAUAUGAAGUCGUACGUGUGGGAGCUUGGCAAGCUCGGUUUCGUGUGGCAGUUCAUCACGCUCGGUGGUCUGCACUCGAACGCAUACAUCAGCGACCUGUUCGCUCGCUCAUUCGCGACGGAGGGCAUGAAGGCCUACGUCGAGCUCAUCCAGCGCCGCGAACGCGAAAUUGGCUGCGACGUCCUCACUCACCAAAGGUGGAGUGGCGCGGACUACAUGGACAACCUCAUGAAGACUGUCACUGGCGGCGUGUCCUCGACCGCGGCCAUGGGCAAGGGCGUGACGGAGGACCAGUUCAAGAGCAAGAUGUAA